CAGCAGUAUGUGUGCUGCUCGGAAUCGGCAGGUCGCCAUGCAGCAGUGUGAACCCCCGCAGCAGCAGAGGCAGCAGAGCGAGGAAAACCGGAAGUUGGAGGCGGAAACAGGGGACAGCGAGUCAAUCGAUGCAGAGUCUGAAUUUUCUGAAAGGUCCAUGUCUUCCUCACCCAUGGACUCGGAAGAGACCAGCAUAAGUACAUGCAACGCAGAGAACCAGGUACCAGCAGCGGAGCAAAAAGAGACUGUGAAAAACACACCUGCUGCCAAAGACAGCCAAAGCAUUUCUCCUGCCUCCAUUUUGUCUCAGAGGAAAGCCUCAUCCUUUUCGGAGCCUACAAAAGGAAGCCAAAGUGAGGACGCUGCCUCUUCAGGCACGUCCGGCCUCAACCAGACGCACUUUGUGUGUCUUCCUCUGGUGUCUGAGGGACUAAAGUUGGUGUGGGUGCGCUCUGAGCAGACUAAUGAGCUGGACGCUGUUUCUGAGCUGGUAGAAGCAUUUAAUUCUGUUCCCUUCCCCACAGAGCAGGAGGCCAGUGCUCUGGCACGCAGAUGCUCCCUGUCCCCCGAGCGCGUCAAAGUGUGGUUUAUGAUGCAAUGCGUCCGAUAUGGAAUCAGCUGGGCAGACGACGACAUCCAGCAAACACAGCUUAAGCUGCGGCGUCUGUUUGGAGAGAAGGGGGAGGAAGAAGAAUAGGAUUAUUUAGCACAUGAAGAAAGGACACCAGAGACCACGCAGCAGGGUGUUAAACAGGUGCCUGUAUUAGACGUCUAUACGGGUUAUGCACACUACACACCACAACCAGUUUUCUCCCAGGAUGAUACCAAAUACUACAACAGCAGGCAAAACAGACAGAGAUUGAUCUGGCACUGCAUUCUUUGUAUCUCUCAUUUAUGGUUAUUGUUUGUAAUGUUUCAUGUUAAGAUUGUGGUUCUUGUUUUCUCAUCUAGUCUUCAGUCUGCAUCAUAGUCAGUCUGUGUCAAGUCUUCAGUCUGUGUCCUUGUGUACAGUCCUUGUUAGUUUUGAGUAUUUCUGUGUUGCAUGUUAAUUUGUGGUGUUUGUUGUUAUGGUGUUUGAUGUAGCAACUUGGUCCUUGGAUGAAGGUUGUCUCGUUUCAUUUAGUCCUGUAUUGCAUAUGGUUGGAAUGAGAAUAAAAGCCUUCUUCUCUGGACUUGUU